CAAAAAAUCAGACAUAUUCUAUGGAUUUGGCUCCACUUGGAAGAUUUUCAGGUAGUAAAUUUCACCCUACCAGUUUUCUUCAUUGACCUUGAACAUUGAACGCUCUAUUAAAAGUAGAGCAUAUUCUUUUUAACACUUCUCCAAACUACUAUAUAUAAGUACACCCCCAAAAGAAGAAUCAUAGAAGUUCAAACUUUAGUGCAAGAAUGGAUCAUUUAGGUGCGUGGGAUGGUGCUGAGUCUGCUGAAGAUGUUCUUUUCUAUGAAGAACUUAGGAGGCAGGUCCUAAUUUUAACAGCAGAAGAAGAUGAUGAUGAUGAAUAUCAAGAGAAUAAACAUCCAAAUAUUGGUGCAAAAUCUUUGCACCAAACAGUCGCCCACAGCCCUGCUUCAGCGCUGCAGACACAGCAGCCAGGAUGCUAUUAUCAGUGGUCUGGCGGCGAGACGACGGAUUCCGUACCCAGAUGGGUGUUCAAUGUGUGGAAUCCCGGAAGUGGAACUGGAGUAUUCAUACCGCAGAUUGUAAAAUCUAGAAGAAGAAAUAAGCCCAGAAAGAAGAAUAAUGAAAGAGGAAGAACUUACAAGCCUAUUGCAAAUGUAGCAUGAUGAGCACCAUCUUUCUGAUAAUUUUCUACCUCAUGCACAUACAUAAUUUGGC